GGUAUGAAUCAGGUUUGCUUGAAAAUUUCUCUCUGUUUCUCAUUGUGUUGAUUGCAGCGGAUAACACGGGAUCCCCCUGCACUGAGGGGUUGAGGUGCUGGAAUGUUAAGAGGAAUUUCCCUUUGCCAGCUCCACAAAUUGACCUUAAAAUCGCGAACAUUGCAGAAUGAACACGGGGAGGUGUGCGUGCUUUCCGAUGUAGAUGUCUUUCAGACUCCCCAAAGUUUAGAGGAAAAGAUCGCUUCCCGCUUCAUGCGGCUUUUCCCCUUAGCAGUUCUCCCUGACCCAAUAACACUUGUGAAUGCCACCAAUGCAAAUCGAAGGAGAUAAAACUUACCGACUGUAACAUUAAGAUUCGGAAUUCGUCAAAUCGCUCAAUUUUUGGACAGGAAGACAAGUUUCAGCAAAAAAGAAUGAAAAAUAAAAUUAUAUUAAAUGGUUUGAAAUCACAAAAGCUGCAUCUCAGAGUAGUGUGAGAAAUAUACUUACCUGAUGAAAAGUUCCAGUAUUGUGUUGAAUGAUGACCAACUGUUCUAUCGACCACAGUAUCCACCAAAUCCUGUUUCCCACGGUCUACAUUGCUGUCUUCAUCAUUGGCCUCCCAACUAAUCUCCUGUCCCUGUAUCACAGCUACCUGCAGAUCAGACAGAGGAACGAGCUGGGAGUCUAUCUCUGUAAUCUGACCAUCUCAGACCUGUUGUAUCUCAUUUCCUUGCCUUUCUGGGUUCAGUAUAUGCUGCAGCACGAUGACUGGGUCCACUCCCGGGCACUCUGCAUACUCAGUGGUCUGCUCCUCUACCAGAAUAUCUACAUCAGCAUUGGCUUCCUCUGCUUCAUCUCCAUUAAUCGCUUCCUUGUUGUGGCCUGCCCUCUGAAAUUUAAAUUCUUACACACCAGGAAGGCUGCAGUGUUCAUCAGUGUUCUCAUCUGGAUCAAGGAGAUUCCUGCUUGCGGCUUUUACAUACACUCCCAGGUUCUCAGUAAAGACAACGAGAAUGACACCUUGUGUUUCGAACAUUAUCCUAUGCAGUCAGAGGAUAGAUAUUUAAAUAUUUACAAGCUCUCUAUUGGGUUCUUCAUCCCUUUGAUUUUAUUCAUUUACGCUUACUAUAAAGUGCUGACUGUUGUCCAUAAGGUCCGUGGGCUUCAAGGAGAGAGGAAAUUAAGAAUAAAAAAAUUGGUGUCUGCAUCCAUCAUCAUUUUCCUGGUUUGCUUUGCUCCUUAUCACAUUCUCCUGAUGAUUCGAACAAUAUUCGAGUACGAAUGUAAAUUUGCUGACAAUGUUUUUGAGCUUUACCAUUUUGGAGUUCUGCUGAUGAGCUUAAACUGUGUGGCUGAUCCCAUCUUGUACUGCUUUAUAUCUCAGAAUUCACAUGGCUGGUUAACCAGGUUCCUGGAUCCUGUUACAAAUCUCAUUCCUUGCAGAACGAGAAAACAAACUGAAGAUGAAAUGCCUAGUUUAAAAUAAUUCCGAGCCUGUCCUCAAGCUCGUUUUUCUUUACCAUUCUCCCUUCCCAAGCCGCUUCACUGCAGCAUUAUCAAACAAAAUUUGACACCAAGUCACAGAAGGAGAGAUUAUUGGUCUAGAUUUUGGGGUCGAAAUAGCAGUGAGGCUGCUAAUUUGCUAUUGUACGUUUUGUGUUCUCUCGAAACAUUUUCACCCCUCCCUUGCUGCCUCAUCCCAAGAUCAUUCCAUUGUCGUUCCUGAGGUGUUUGUCAUGAAAUUAUUGAAACAUUUAAAUCCUGGUUGGACUCCCCUCAAUAUUAAUGUCUCUACUACACAUAGUGAGAUAGACAAGGUGAUGGGGAGUCAAACAAUGGUGCAACACUGAGUAUGAAGCUCCCUAUUCUGACAGCUGGAGGGACUGACACCUCUCUGAUAAAGUCCAACCACACAAUCCUCAAGCGAGGUUUAGCUACAGAGAUAAAAACAAAAAAAUUUCGGAUGCUGGAAAUCCAAAACAAAAACAGAAUUAGCUGGAAAAACUCAGCAGGUCUGGCAGCUUCGG